GCCUGCUGUGUGUGAGAAUCAAAACCACAGAGACAGUGAAGGUACAGAGAAUGAGAAAGUGAUUGUUACUCUCCACAGAUCUGGGCUCAGUUACACACACACGUAUGGAUCCUCUGAUGCUCCUGUUUCUUCUCAUUGCUGGGCUCACAGGUGCUGACAGUGUGUCCUCAGUGAGAUCGGUGACUGCACAGAGAGGAGGAUCUGUCACCAUCCCAUGUCCUUAUGAUGGCAGAUAUGAAUCUCAUGUGAAAUACUGGUGCAGAGGGAGUGUCUGGGGUUCAUGUACAACCAUAGUACGCACUGACUUUCCACAGAAGAAGGGUGAAGUGUCAAUCAGAGAUGAUCCUGACCAGCGAGUCUUCACUGUGACUAUGGACAACCUGGAAACUGGGGGCUCUGAUAUCUACUGGUGUUGUGUGGAGGUCACUGGUACAGAUGUUGGAGAUCAAGUUUACCUGUCAGUCACUGAGGCUGUGUCCACGAUGAGCACGGUGUUUGUACAGAGUGGAGGAUCUGUCACCAUCCCAUGUUUCUAUAGCAACAUGUAUCAACAUCAGGAGAAAUACUGGUGCAAUGGGAGUGACUGGAGUUCAUGUACUCCUAUAGUACGCACUAAUAGCCCAAAGAAAAGUGCUGAAGUGUCAAUCAGAGAUGAUCCUGGCCAGCGACUCUUCACUGUGAUCAUGAACAAUCUGAAAAUUGUGGACUCUGGUUACUACUGGUGUGGUGUGGAGAUCAUCGGAGGUUCAGCUGUGGGAACACGGGUUUCCCUGUCAGUCACUGAGGGUGUGUUCACACUGAACACGGUGACUGUAGAGAGAGGAGGAUCUGUCACCAUCCCAUGUUUCUAUGACAACAAAUAUCGACAGUAUGUGAAAUACUGGUGCAAAGGGAGUGACUUGAGUUCAUGUACUCCCAUAAUACGCACUGACUCUCCAAAGAUGAAGGAUGAAGUGUCAAUCACAAAUGAUCCUGCUAAGCAAGUCUUCAAUGUAACCAUGAACAAUCUGACAGCUGUAGACUCUGGUUACUACUGGUGUGGUGUGGAGACCAACAGAAGUUCAGCUGUGGGAACACGGGUUUACCUGUCAGUCACAGAAGGAUGGAUUAUUGAAAAACAGAGCUUGUUUCUGUAUGUAGGACUGGGCUUAUCGGUGCUGCUGUUGAUCAUCAUCAUCAUCAUCACAUGGAAAGUGUGUGACAAACACAAGAAAAAAAGGGCCAUGAACCAAAAUCCAGGAAGUACAGAAUUAACAUUGAACCCAGAACAUGAAUUUGCUGUCAUAGACAGAACUGGCAUCAUAAAGGGAGACCCGCUAGAGCAGCAGGUGUCCUCUAGAUGUUCUUCUCACCAUUCUGUUGUAAGCUCAUCCAAGAGUGUGGUCUACAGCUCAUUCACCCUGAAGCACAUAGAGGGGCCACCGUGAUGAUCACCAGAGAGGAGCAUCUUACAGUGAUGUCAGCUGUAUUUAAAUGGCAUGCAGCACUGUCACGUUCCAGUGUGACAGUAAGAAUCAGCUGGUGUGAAACACACAUUCAUGGCUGUUGUGCCUUUGAACCACAGUCAAUGUGCUAUUUGCCUCAUUUAUACAUUGCUUUGGACAAAAUAGAAAAAAAUCUAUUUUCUUGGCGUUUUGUGAAUUGUUGCUUUUCAUUCAUACAAACUGAAAAAAUAUCAAUGGCUAUCCUGUUUAAUUAGUAUAAAAUAAAAUAUCUGUUACCACAAUAUACAUUAUUUUGAUGUAUUUCCCAGUGUCUGUUUGUCUCUUGUGUAUAUACAGUAUGUACCAGUGGGGGUUUACUGAGGUCUAAGGACUCUGGCUUUAAUUUUAAACUCUUCUUAUGCACUUCACUGCCCCCUGCUGGAGCAGCUUCACUAUUUUGCUGCUUCCCUGCUCUCCUCUGACUGUGGGAUUAAAAGCUGCCCUGUUGCUGUUAUAUUAUGUAUCAGUAUGUAUCUGACUUGCACAGUAUUUGUUUCAUACAUAACAUUAAUAAAAAUGCCUUUCAUCAA